AACAACUUCACUAGAAUAAUCAGGCCACCUUUACAAGAGACACUUAAAUUAAUGUUUUGUAUUUCCUGAAUCUGUGCUGUGAUACCACAUUACACCCAGAUGUGUCAUUUGUGUUUAGACCUCAACAUUUAUCAGCUCUGAGGAAUAACACACUUGCCAUUUUCUAGUGUGCAAGAGGUUACACUCUAGAAGCUGAGAUGGUCUAUGGCCAAAAGAAAAAAGCCCAUAACAAACAUCAUUAGGAUUGUGGUAGUCUGCAUGAACAGAAAAACACACACAUGCUAUAUGAUUAAAAUAACACAUCUUCAUUUAUGGGAUUUAAAUUAAAUAUGCCCACCUCCUACCUAUGUAUACGCUUCACUGACUCUCUCCAUGAUUAAAUUUUGGGGGAGAAAAGGGGUGUUUUGAAACCACCUUCAUCAUUGCUGCCUGUGUGAAGUUUAAUCCAGUUUCAUACAACAACUGUUCAGAAAGAGCAUAUAUAAGUGAGCUACUGGAAAUACCUUGUAGUAUAGCAUAACUCGUUUUUAGGUGGUGGUAUUCUGGAAAUUCAGACUAUUCUAAGAAUUAGCUUUAUACAGUCGAAGGAUGACUUUAAAAUAAUGAACAGGGUCACCGGAAAAAUGUCACUAGUACUUCUUGUUUUUAAUAUACCUUAAGAAACUGAACAAAGCAAAUGCGUUCACUGGCUCCCUCAGGAAAAGGCCAGUCACUUCCUGAGCAGUAAUCUGCCUGUUUGCAGCAGAUAGAUCCUCAUUGUUUGCCACUUCCAGUUUCCAGUAAUGGGAAUGAUUACUUGACCAAUAUCUAGCCAGUUUGUACUAGAGUCCUGGAAAAACAUACCCGCUUUGUCUGCUGAGAGAAGCUUCGCUGCCUGGUUUUCAGUUUUGGAAAAGAAAUUGAAAGUUCUUCAUGGCUGAAGAUCCUUGAAGGAGGGGACAAUCAGAACUAAUGAACAUCGCUUUAUUCUGGAAUUUCAGGUCUGCUCUCCGACGAGAUGUAUUGUGUUUUGCUGUUGAUUCUCUUGCAUUGUUGCAAGCUGAAAGCUCAAGAUAAUGUGUUCACCAUCAAUAAGGUGGAACUCCGCACUGAUACGCCAAUGGAAGUGCAGAAUGGAAUGUCCAUAGCCCUCCGUUGUUCUGCGGACAUCAGCAAGAAUGAACAUUUCCCACUGAAUUAUACAUUUUCAUUUUUAAAGGAUGGCGUACCUCUGGACACUAAAACAUCAGACCAACAGUGGGCACAUUAUAAUAUAUCAAAGGCCAGAUUUUCUGAUUUUGGAGUGUAUGCGUGUAGGUUAAGUGUUGAGAAGAAAACAAAGGACAGCAAUCGUUUGCCCAUCACAGUGAAAGGAAUAACAAAGCCAAAACUGACUGCUCUGAAAAAAGAUGUCAAAGAAGGUGAAACAGUCCAUUUACGCUGUGAAGUGCCAGAAGAAAAGCCUCCUUUUUGGGUCACCUUUUAUAAAAACCAAAUAUCUCAAAGUCCUCCUUCAGAUCAGAGAAGUAGGUUGGAAAAUGAAAAAAACUUUGUUGAAAUUGAAUUCCCACUUGAAGUGGGGGACAAAGUGUUAUUUUUUACAUGUACUGUCACCAUGACUUCAAUGAUGAGGACACCUGAAGAAUCAGAGCCCAGUGACAGAGUAACGAUUGCUGUUUCUGAACCAUUUACUGUUCCCAAAAUAACCACCCACCCACCACAGAACAUUACAGAAGGAGACAAAAUUUUCAUACAAUGCACAACUGUCUUAAGUCAUAAGAGUCAAGCUGAAAUCAUCCUCCAGAAGCACAGAAAGAUUCUUAACAGCUCAAAGGGUAGAGAGUCGGUGACAUACUCCACAGUAGCCACAAUGGAGGACAAUGGCAAUUACACAUGCAAAGUGGAACUUGAGAGCGUGUCCAAAACCAGUGCAGUGAACAUUGUGGUGGCAGAGCUGUUUCCCAAGCCAAUACUGAAUUAUGGUAACAAAACAAACAUGGAUGAAAACAGCCGUUUAAUCAUUGAAUGUCAGGUUGCUAGCCCACUACCAAUAAAUAUCUCAAUCAUGAAAGACAACACAGUAGUGGCAAACUCCAGUGUCCAUUUCACCAAAGCCCAUCUAUCUGACAGUGGAACCUAUGUUUGUAGAGCUGAGACAAAAGGGAUUUCCAAGGAGAGUGACCCUGUACGGCUAAGUGUUCAUGCUCCAGUUUCCAGGCCCAUUCUUUGGGCUGCCUAUAAGUCAACCAAGGUAGCAGUGUUGGGGCAAGUGUUCACUUUACACUGCUAUUCCAGGCUUGGAACUCUUCCUAUACAGUACACUCUCUAUAGAGGAGAAACAUUUGUUAAGGACGUUGUAGUAAGUCAAAACAGAUCGGCACGGUUUUACGAGGAAGCGAAGGAUGAGCGUGUUCAAGGAGAAUACAAGUGUGGCGCUCGGAAUGGCCAUUCUCGUCAGGAACGAAGCCAUGGACUAAACAUCACAGUGAUAGCUAAGAUUGCUGGCAUAAAUAUGCAUAUCGGGCCACCGGGGGAUGUAGAAGAUGGUGAACACCUCAAGUUUUUCUGCACUGUCAGUUCAGGAUCUCUUCCUAUUGACUUCAAAUUUUUUAGAGAAAAUGAAAAGAAACCCUUGUAUGAGGUAACAGAAAAUAAAACCGGAGCUGCUAUUUUGCCAAAAGAAAGAAUUACAAGCCAAGAUGCAGGGAAGUACUUUUGUACAGCCAACAAUGAUGCAAAAUUACCUCUACAGAGCAACACAGUAACUGUCAAUGUUGUUAUGGCUUCAUGGAAGAAAGGACUCAUUGGAUCAUCUGUUCUACUGAUUCUUCUUGGCAUCACCACUGCCGCUGUCUGCUGGUUCUGUUGUAAGAAGACAAAGGGUAAAGGCAGUUCUAUGGAGUUGGCUCGUUCCACACCAGCAAACAAUUCACUGAAUGAGAAGUUGACAUCAGGACAGAAUAAAGGAGCAGACUUUUAUUAUGGCUCAGAUUAUAAUGAAGAUAGUGAAAAUCACAUAAAAUCAAAAGAAGAAAAUAGAGAACCUGACCUUGAGAAUUCUGAGGUGGAAUAUACCGAAGUGGAAGUGUCGGUUCCUGACCCUUACAGAGCUCCCGUAAUGAAGAAGCCCGAGAUCGUUUAUACUGAAAUCAGAAAAGCUAAUAACUAUGCUGAGGAAAACAGGAAUUCUAGAAUAGAAGAUUCUCCUGAUGGGACUUAGCAAAGUAAACAACAGACAUCAGUGACACAAGUUGGAGAACCUUCUACCAGUUCCAAACACUCUGCAGCAUUUAGGUGCUUUCAGAAGCCACGUUUUGCUUGAGCUUUUGGUAACCCCUGUGGGGCGAACAUGUCAUCUAUACAGUAUUACUGCUGUUCUGCCAUUGCCAGCAAUUAUAUAGUGAUGUUCACUCUCCAAAUGAUUUGUUCUACAUUGUCUCUAGUGUCACUCUAAUCAAUGACAAUAUGCACACGUGAUGUGUGUUUGCUUUGCCACCUUUGUUUCUAAUUCCUCAAGAAAUGAGAGAAAGGAUAAGCAUGCCAAAAUGUGAAGCCAAGCCACAUUUGGUCACUUCUAUGUGGUCCUGGAGAAGACUGCAUAAAGCAAAGGUUCUCAAACUUAGAUCCCCAGAUGUUGUUGGGCUAAAAAAACUCCUCUCAUCCCUAACAUGGCCAAAGGCCAUUGGGGCUGAGGAUGAUGGGAGUUGUAGUCCAACAUCUGAGGACCCAAGUUUGAUAACAUCUUGUGUAAGGCAUUCUGGGCAAUUUAUUUUGGGGAAGAAGUGCUGUUAGUAGCAGAGCACUAGAGUUGUUUAUUAUUGUCAGAUUGAGUAUUGCUUCACAUAUGACAUUCUUCAUGACAUUCUGCAGGAAAUCUGAAUUAACAUUAACAUCACCUAUUUGAUGUCAUUUUUGUAUCGUCCACUGAAUGCUUUGGUGCUACUUGGGCUUUGAAGGUGAAAAAUAUUUAUAAACAUGCCCAUCUCCUGC